GCUCCUCACCACCGCCUCCGAUCCCCUUCCCCGACCGUCCUCUACACGCCCGCUCCCGCCUUCGACGAGGAGGACGCCGACGGGGAUGACGACGAGGUGGGUAAACUUAUUGAGCCGUUCUCCAGGUACCAGCUCGUUGCGCUCCUCCUCUUCGCCGCCGCAUCUGAUGCCGCUACCCUGGACGAGAUCCGCCGCACCGCUGACUUAGACACCUCCCGCCGCAAACUAUUCGUCCAUCGCCUCGACUGGAACACCACCGCCGAUGCCCUCCGUUUCUCGUACUCCCGCUAUGGGGACAUGAUGAUUACCGCUUCCUUCCGCCAUGCCCUCCGUCGCCCACAGAAGCUAAUCGACGGCCGCAUGGCCUCUUGCCAACUCGCAUCUGCUGGCUCCACCGGUGAGAUGGAGGAGGGUCCUAUUGGCUUUGUUCGGAAUAUUGGGAAGCCGAAAGGGCACGCUUUGUUUGUCUAUAAGACAGUGGAGGGUGCCAUGAGAGCCCUCGAGGAGCCAAACAAGAAUUUUGAGGGUAUUGUUCCUCAAUGUGAGAGGGCUAACGACAAAAAUAAGGGGGCACAAGAUUUUAAUACAGCAGCUCCACUCAAUGCAGCACCGAGCAAAGGAAAUCUCAAUGGUCCUGAUUAUACAAUGCAUGUAUCAGAUAUUGGGUUAGCUCAACAAGCUGCAUUGACGGGGCAGGGUUUUCUUGGCAUGGGCGGGGCACAAGCAUAUGGGCAGGCUAUGCAGUCUAAUGCUACUGUGCUUGCUUUACUAGCAGCUGCUUGGCAGAAUCCAGCUGCAUUUGGAAUGACACCUUCUGUUCUUACUUUGAACCCUUCCUUUGCAACUACAUUUGGUGCUGCAGGGAGUCAGCAGACUGCACCCACUUUACCUCAGAUGGCCCAGGUGCCAAACUAUGGGGCUGCAAGUUCUGUAUAUCAGGGAUCUGCUGGUUUCCAGGGCGCUACAGGUUUUCAAGGUUCGCCAGGGUUUUUAGGACCUCCAGGGUUUCAGGGCCCUCAGGGGUAUCAGAGCAGUCAGUCUGUUGCUCAAAGUGGCAGCUCUUACCCAACAGGGACAGCUCCAGUGUCAAGGCGACCAACUGGAUCAAUGUGUGGAUAUGGACAAGUUUAGGUAUAGAUGAUAUCAUUUAACAUGUAUUUAUGUAACUACUUGCGCAAAUUAUUGGUCACACGCACAUCAUGUUCGAUUUCCUUUCUAACUGUCGUUCCUGUGUUCUAGUUCCAUUCAGAGGUCUUGAUUCUGUGCCAUUUAAAGAUUACAUGGAUUUUCAAUCUCUGUUGGUGCUGGAUAUCAAGAAAGGCUUCCGAUGCUACAGUUGUUCAAAUACUGGAACUGCUUAUAUCUAUUUUUCACUCUAUUGAUUUUUGACUUAUGUUUUUGGUAUUCUUCCUUGGAAUUCCGUUACUAUGUUUUUAUAUAGUGGACAAUGUUGUUCGAACUUUAUUGUCAAAUCUUAAUUUUUGUAAUGCA